AUGUCUUCCCGCGACGACUCGUCCCUCGGCGCGUCGCCGCCAGCCUUCGACUCGAGCACGACGCUCGGCGCUGCUCCUCCCCCGACUUACGCCGCCUUCUCCCCCGUCACGCUCUCGGCCACGACGCCCUCGAGGAACAGUCGUCGAUCGACCGUCCUUGUUCACCAGAAGAGCCCGCUGCUCCUUGCCACCCCUCCCCAGAUCACGCGCGCGCUCGCAUAUAGCCAUCCUUUCCUACUCCCCCUCAAUACCUUUGUCGGGCUGCUCACAUGGAGCACGGGCGACCCCUGGCAGAGCUUCCUCCUGCUGUGCUCCUUUUGGGCCAUCGUCCUCUAUGGCGACGUGGUGCUCAUGCGAGCCGGCCCCAUCGUCGUCUCCAUGGGGCUAAUAGCGGGCAUGUACGGACGGCGAUAUAGUCCCUUGAGCAGCAGUGGUUGGACGGAGCCUGCACAAGUAACGAAAGAUGCUGCCUCCUCCAAGAAGGCUGCGGCCAAUGGGGGCGCCAGUCUGCAGGAGACGCCCAACGGGAAGCAGUCUGGCCACGCCCGGGCCAAGUCUGAAAUCACAAGCACCAAACACCAGAAGACACUGGACGAAAUCGUCGAUACCCUCAAGGAGUUUACCGGCAGAUGUAACGUUCUCAUGGAUCCUCUUCUCGAGAUGACCGACUUUCUGAGCACCCAGCGAACUCCGACUAGCGCAACGACGAGACCAGCACUCACAGCCAUGUUUAUGCGGCUUCUCAUCAUGACGCCCUUUUGGAUUGUCCUGACCAUGUCACCGUUUAGGAUCAUUACGACUCGACGGGUUGUGCUACUGGCAGGAACAAUCAUGCUAACAUGGCAUGCGAGGGUGAUGCGGGUUACGAGGACCAUCAUCUGGAGGAGCAAAGCCGUCCGCAAGCUUGCUUCGGCCAUUACCGGUCUCCAUUUCGAUAGCCCGCCCAAGUCGCAUCCUCCCAGGGAGGAGACGGAUGUAAAUGAAUCGCAGAUGAGCAAGGCGUCUUUCUUGGGCUCCUCUAGCUUGCAAGUGAAUCGACGACGAAACGGAGCCGCUAACGGCGGUAAGAGCGCCGGUGUCAAGUUUACUUUCAUCAUCUACGAGAACCAGCGACGGUGGAUCGGCCUGGGGUGGACGUCCAACCUCUUUGCAUACGAACGGCCUGCAUGGACAGACGAGCACAACAAUCCGGUGCCACCGCGAGAUGAGUUUGAGCUCCCCGAAGUCGAGGAUGGAAGCCGGAUGAGGUGGCGAUGGGUUGAGGGAAGCCGAUGGCGGGUGGAUGGCGUACCGGAGCCCGAGGAUGGCACGGUAGAUUACGACGGCCCCGAGGGCAAGAAUGGAUGGAUAUACUAUGACAACAAGUGGCAAAAUGGUCGUCGGGGACUUGACGGCUGGGGCCGGUGGACGCGGCGCAGGAAAUGGUAUCGCGAUGCCGAACUGGUGGAGGUGGACGAGUCUCAGCUUGCUCACGAGCUGGACGCGACCGAGUCUACUCCUACGCCGCACACAACAUCAUACUCGACCGCCAACGAGAAGAUGCGGGCCGAACCCCCGGAUCCCACACCAGACGAGGACCAAGACCAGGUCUCGGAUGCCUUGAGCGCCAAGGCCGCAGAUGACACGGCCUCUCUGCAUUCGACGUCGUCACGAUUCUGGCCGACGCUGAGGAGGCGAACUACUGACCGUUCCGGGGAUAGUCUCCGCCUGGACAGUCAACGACAAGAGAAGCGACGAAGCGGCAGCCAGAGGCCGAGGAGAACGAGCGACGUGGCUAGCGACAUUGCCGGAGAGGACGACAGUUCACUCAACCUUGCCGUCGCGCUUGAGCUGCAGAAGCAGGGCAAAGAGGGCGGAGAGUGGGGGAUUGGAGAUGAAGCACGCAUGAGUCUGGAGUGAUUUGGAAGCAAGUUUUCGGGGCUGCCCUCGCAUUCACUUGUGGCAUGCCUGCCUCGACCAUGGCUGGAGUAUUCGUCUUGAAAUUUCUUGUAACAACACCAU